GUGGCUAGUUUCAGUUCUCUGUCUCAACAGGCCUGAUAAGGCAGUAUAUUAGUUAAUAUGUAGUGAAGUUCUGAAAGUGCUCUAGCCAACUUCCUUGUCUUUAGCUCACCCUACUACUAAUUUUGGCUUUGUUCUUUAAUUUUAAAAUAUGUAUUUGGCUUCAAAGAGUUCUGUUUCUCUCUGCUGUAUCGCUUGAUUUGGGCAUUUCCAUUUUUUUAAUAAUUCUUUAUUACAAUCAUGCUACUGUUUGCUAAAACAUACAUGGUCAAUGCCCAAUUCCCUGCAUAGUUGAACCAGCCUCAAAGAAGUGAAGUGUGGAUGAUCCGCCAAAGGGUUCCAGUUUCAGGUUGUGCACGUGUCACCUCCUUGCGGAGAUGCAAUUUGCGUUUUUCUACUUUGUUUACUUUCCAUGAGAAGUGCUCUUCUACGACCUAACCUUUAGUCAGUGAGUGAUUUUCUUUCAUGGGAGUCAAAGGAAGUUCAGUUAUGAAAUAGUUAUGUGAAUGUUACAGCUAUGCUGGAUUAAAAGGUCUAAAUUAAAAGAUCUAAAUAUUAUUUAAAAAGGCAAAGAUAGUCUAGCUUGUCAAACCAAAAAUAAAAAUCCUCUAGCCACUCUUUCAAUGGAAGUGAUGAAAUCAAAGAAUUCAUAUAGCGAAAUGGAGAAAACACGAAGGACGGCCAUCUAAAACUCCGCCGUUGGUGAAGUGAUGAAGGACAUUUACUGGCUUAUUCUGAAACUUGUGAAUUUUGUCACUGUUGGCUGCAUAUGGAUUUCUGUGGUACAGUGUACAGUCUUAAACAGCUGCCUCAAGUCAUGUGUAAUUAACCUGGGCAGGCAGUUUGACAUUGGGACGCCAUAUAAUCUGAGUGAACCGUGCAUUCAAGGAUGUCAUUUUUGGAACUCUGUUGAUCAGGAAAAUUGUGCAUUAAAGUGUAAUGAUACCUAUGCCACCAUUUGUGAGCGAGAAUCCUGUGAGGUCGGCUGCAGCAGUGCAGAAGGCGCGUAUGAAGAGGAAGUACUAGAAAAUGCAGACCUUCCCACUUCACCCUUUGCAUCUUCCAUUGGAAACCACAGUGUGACAUUAGGAUGGAAAUCUGCCAAUAUCUCAGGAGUGAAAUACAUCAUUCAGUGGAAAUACACUCAACUUCCGGGAAGCUGGACUUAUACCGAGGCAGUGUCCAAGCUCACCUACGUGGUAGAGCCCCUUCAUCCCUUCACUGAAUAUGUUUUUCGAGUGGUUUGGAUCUUCACGGCCCAGCUGCAACUGUAUUCUCCCGCAAGUCAAAGUUACAGGACUCAUCCUUACGGAGUUCCUGAAACUGCUCCUUUCAUUAGAAAUAUUGAAAGCUCCAGUCCUGACACAGUGGAAGUCAGCUGGGCUCCACCUCAAUUCCCAGGUGGACCUAUUCUGGGUUAUAACUUAAGGCUAACCAGCAAAAAUCAGAAUUUAGAUUCAGGGACACAGAGGACUAGCUUCCAGUUCUACUCGACUCUACCAAGUACCACCUACAGGUUUUCUAUUGCAGCAGUAAAUGAAGUUGGUGAGGGACCGGAAGCAGAAUCUAAUAUUACUACUUCAUCCCCAGCAGUUCAAGAAGAAGAACAGUGGCUCUUUUUAUCCAGAAAGACAUCUCUAAGAAAAAGAUCUUUAAAAUAUUUAGUAGAUGAAGCACAUUGCCUUCAGUCAGAUAUUAUACUCCAUAAUAUUACAGGAAUAUCAGUUAAUGUUCAUCAGCAAGUUGUUUAUUUCUCUGAAGGAAAUCUCAUAUGGGUGAAAGAGGCUGCCAACAUGUCUGACAUAUCUGACCUAAGGAUUUUUUACAGAGGUUCAGGUUUAAUUUCUUCCAUCUCCGUAGACUGGCUUUAUCAGAGGCUGUAUUUCAUCAUGGAUGAACUGGUGUGUGUCUGUGGUUUAGAGAACUGCUCGACCAUUGAGGAGAUUACCCAUCCCUCUAUUGUCACACCUCAAAAAAUUGUAGCUGAUUCGUACAAUGGGUAUGUCUUUUAUCUCCUGAGAGACGGCAUUUAUAGAGUACCUCUCCCAGUGCCAUCUGGUCAGGACUCUGAAGCUGUGCGGAUUGUGGAGAGUUUCACGUUAAAGGACUUUGUAGUAAAGCCACAGUCCAAGCGAAUCAUUUACUUCAAUGACACCGCCCAUGCCUUCGUGUCAAUAUUUCUGGAUGGCUCUGCUUCCCACCUUGUCCUACCUCAUGUCUCCUUGGCUGAUGUGAAGAGCUUUGCCUGUGAAAACAGUGACUUCCUUGUCACAGAUGGCAAGGCCGUUUUCCAACAGGACUCUCUGUCUUUUAAUGAGUUCAUUGUGGGGUGUGACCUGAGUCACAUAGAAGAGUUUGGGUUUGGUAACUUGGUCAUCUUUGGCUCAUCUGCCCAGCUCCACCCUCUGCCAGGCCGCCCUCAGCAGCUCUCGGUGCUGUUUGGCUCCCACCAGGCUCUUGUUCAAUGGAGGCCUCCUGCCCUCGCCAUAGGAGCCAGCCCUUCCGCCUGGCAGAACUGGACUUAUGAGGUGAAAAUAUCAACCCAAGACUUCCCUGGUACCACUCGUUUUUUCUCUAACAUAAGUGGGACCACACUUAAUGUACCUGAGCUGCAGAGCGCUACGAAAUACAAGGUUGCUGUGAGAGCAAGUUCUCUCAAGGGGCCAGGCCCCUGGUCAGAGCCCUCGGUGGGUACUACCCUGGUGCCAGCAACAGAGCCACCAUUUAUCAUGGCUGUGAAAGAAGACGGCCUUUGGAGUAAGCCGUUAAAUAGCUUUGGCCCAGGAGAAUUCUUGUCCUCUGAUAUAGGAAAUGUGUCAGACAUGGAUUGGUAUAACAACAGCCUCUACUACAGCGACAUGAAAGGCAACGUUUAUGUGUGGCUGCUAAAUGGGACAGAUAUCUCAGAGAAUUACUCCAUACCCAACAUUGCAGGAGCAGGGGCUUUAGCCUUUGAGUGGCUGGGUCGCUAUCUCUACUGGGCUGGAAAGACAUAUGUGAUACAGAGACAGUCUGUGUUGACAGGACAUACAGACAUUGUGACUCAUGUCAAACUGUUGGUGAAUGACAUGGUGGUGGAUUCAGUUGGUGGAUAUCUCUACUGGACUACACUAUACUCAGUUGAAAGCACCAGACUAAAUGGGGAAAGUUCCCUUACACUGCAGGCACAGACUUGGCUUUCUGGGAAAAAGGUAAUUGCUCUAACUUUAGACCUCAGUGAUGGGCUCCUGUAUUGGUUGGUUCAAGACAGUGAGUGUAUUCACCUGUACACAGCUGUUCUUCGGGGACAGAGCAGCGUUGGUGAUACCACCAUCACAGAAUUUGCAGCCUGGAGUACUUCUGAAAUUUCCCAGAAUGCACUGAUGUACUAUAGCGGUCGACUUUUCUGGAUCAAUGGUUUUAGGAUUAUCACGGCUCAGGAAAUAGGACAGAGAACCAGUGUCUCUGUUUUGGAACCAGCCAAAUUUAAUCAGUUCACAAUUAUUCAGACAUCUCUCAAGCCUCUACCAGGGAACUUUUCCUUUACCCCUAAGGUUAUUCCAGAUUCUGUUCAAGAAUCUUCGUUUAGGAUUGAGGGAAAUGCUUCAAGCUUUCAGAUCCUGUGGGAUGCUCCUCCUGUGGUGGACUGGGGUGUAAUUUUCUACAGUGUGGAAUUUAGUGCUCAUUCUAAGUUUCUGGCUAGUGAACAGCAGCCUUUACCUGUAUUUACUGUGGAAGGGCUGGAGCCCUAUGCCUUAUUUAAUCUUUCUGUCACUCCUUAUACCUACUGGGGAAAGGGCCCUAAAACAUCUCUGUCACUUCGAGCACCUGAAACAGUUCCAUCAGCACCAGAGAAUCCCAGAGUAUUUGUAUUACCAAGUGGAAAACACAGCAAGAAGAAUGAGAUGGUGGUGGAAUUUAGGUGGAAUAAACCUAAGCAUGAAAAUGGUGUGUUAACAAGAUUUGAAAUUUUCUAUCAAAUAUCCAAUCAAAGUGACACAAACAAAAUAUUCAAAGACUGGAUUGCUGUCAAUGUCACUCCCUCCAUGAUGUCUUUUCAACUGGAGGGCAUGAAACCUGAGUCCAUUGUUUGUUUCCAGGUUCGAGCCUUCACCUCUAAAGGGCCGGGACCAUUUUCUGACAUAGUAAAGUCCAAAACAUCAGCAAUCAACCCUUUUCCAUACCUCAUAACUCUUUUCGGCAACAAGAUACAUUUUUUAGAUAUGGAUCAAAAUCAAGUCAUGUGGACAUUUUCAUCAGAAAGAAACAUCAGUGCUGUGAGCUACACAGCCGAUAAUGAGAUGGGGUAUUAUGCUCAAGGAGAUUCUCUCUUCUUUCUGAACGUGCACAGUCUUUCUAGAUCUGAGAUUUUCCGAGAUGCACUAGUUUUUGAUAUCACAGUUAUUACAGUUGACUGGAUUUCAAGGCACCUCUACUUUGCUCUAAAAGAAUCACAAAAUGGAAUGCAAAUAUUUGAUGUUGAUCUUGAACAGAAGGUGAAAUACCCUAGAGCUCUGAAGAAUUGCAAUAGGAAUUCAACAAUAAUCUCUUUUUCCGUCUACCCUUUCUUAAGUCGCCUGUAUUGGACAGAAGUUUCCAAUUUUGGCUGUCAGAUAUUCUACUAUAGUAUUAUCAACCACACCUUGCACCAUAUUCUGCAACCCACAGCCACAAACUAUCAGACCGGAAGGAGUCAAUGUUCUUGCAACGUGACUGAAUUUGAGUUAAGUGGAGCCAUGACUAUUGAUAGCUCUGACCUAAAGCAACCAUGCAUAUACUUUGUCAAAGGGCAAGAGAUCUGGGCCAUGGAUCUGGAAGGAUGUCAGUGUUGGAAAGUUAUCAUUGUCCCUGCUGUGCUUGGAAAAACUCUUGUUAGUUUAACUGUGGAUGGAGAAUUUAUAUAUUGGAUUGUCACGGCAAGGGACAGCACACAGAUUUAUCAAGCGAAGAAAAGAAAUGGGGCCAUUCCCUCCAAGGCGAAGGCCCCAAGGAGUAAGCAUAUCUUGGCUUAUAGUCCAGUUAUGCAGCCUUUUCCAGAUGAAGCAUUUCUGUCUCUGGCUUCAAAUAUUGAGGAGCCAACUAUACUCAAAGUCACUAACACCAGCCUCACAAUCAGGUUACCAGCUGCCAAAACAAACCUCACAUCGUAUGGCAUUACCAGCCCUACUCCAACAUACCUGGUAUAUUGCAGAGAAGUUAAUGGCAGGAAAAACAGCUCUGACCAGAAAUACAGAAUGCUGGAAUUUCAGGAGAGUAUAGCCCUCCUUGAAGGAUUACAACCAUUUUCAACAUAUAUAAUACAGAUAGCUGUAAAGAAUUAUUAUUCAGAUUCUCUGGAACGAUUACCUCUGGCAAAAGAGAUUUGGGGAAAAACUAAAAGUGGAGUACCAGAAGCAGUCUGUCUCAUUAACACAACCAUGCGGUCAGACACCAGCUUCAUUAUUUCCUGGGGAGAAUCUCUCAAGCCAAAUGGACCUAAAGAGUCAGUCCGUUAUCAGCUGGCAAUCUCACACCUACCUCUCAUUCCUGAAACUCCUCUAAGACAAAGUGAAUUUCCAGGUGGAAGGCUCUCUCUCCUUGUCACUGAGCUGUCUGGUGGAAAACGAUAUGUGUUAAAGGUUUUGGCCUGCCAUCCCGAGGAGAUGUGGUGUGCCGAGAGUCAACCUGUCACUGUUGAAACGUUUGACACACCGGCGAAGCCUUAUGCCUUGGUUCCAGAGAACACUAGUUUGCAGUUAGAUUGGAAGGCUCCAUCUAAUGUUAACCUCAUCAGAUUUUGGUUUGAACUCCAGAAGUGGAAAUACAACGAGUUCUGCCAUGUGAAAGCUUCAUGUAGCCAAGGUCCUGCGUAUGUCUGCGACAUCACAGGUCUACAACCUUAUACUUCCUAUAAUGUCCGAGUAGUGGUGGUUUAUAUAACAGGAGAAAACAGCACCUCACUCCCAGAAAGCUUUAAGACAAAAGCUGGAGUCCCAAGUAAACCAGGCGUUCCAAAAUUGUUAGAAGGGAGUAAAAAUUCAAUACAGUGGGAAAAAGCUGAAGAUAAUGGAAGCAGACUUAUGUACUAUAUCCUUGAGCUCAGAAAGAGCACUUCAAAUGAUUCACAGAACCAGAAUUUAAAGUGGGAGGUGGCAUUUAAUGGAUCCUGCAAUAGCAUUUGCACAUGGAAUUCCAAAAACCUGAAAGGAACAUUUCAGUUUAGAGUAGUAGCUGCAAAUAAUCUGGGGAUUGGUGAAUAUAGUGGAAUCAGUGAGAAUAUUAUAUUAGUUGGAGAUGCUCUUUGGCUACCAGAAACAAGCUUCAUACUUGCUAUUACAGUUGGAAUAUUUCUGAUUCUUACCAUCCCAUUGUCCUUUGUCUGGCAUACAAGAUUAAAGAAUCAAAAAUCUUCCAAGGAAGGCCUGACAGUUCUCAUCAACGAAGACAAAGAGUUGGCUGAACUGCGAGGUGUAGCAGCUGGAGUAGGACUGGCUAAUGCCUGCUAUGCGAUACAUACUCUUCCGACCCAAGAUGAGAUUGAAAGUCUUCCUGCCUUUCCUCGGGAAAAACUGAGUCUGCGUCUCCUGUUGGGAAGUGGAGCCUUUGGAGAAGUGUAUGAAGGGACAGCGGUAGAUAUCUUAGGAGCUGGAAGUGGAGAAACCAAAGUGGCAGUAAAGACUUUAAAGAAAGGUUCCACUGACCAGGAGAAAAUUGAAUUCUUGAAGGAGGCACAUCUGAUGAGCAAGUUUAAUCACCCAAACAUUCUGAAGCAGCUUGGAGUUUGUCUCCUGAACGAACCUCGGUACAUUAUUCUGGAACUGAUGGAAGGAGGAGACCUUCUCACGUAUUUACGUAAAGCACGGAUGACAACGUUUCAUGGCCCUUUACUCACCUUGGUUGACCUUGUAGACCUAUGUGUAGAUAUUUCAAAAGGUUGUGUCUACUUGGAGCAGAUGCACUUCAUUCACAGGGAUCUGGCAGCUCGGAAUUGCCUUGUCUCAGUGAAAGACUAUACAAGUCCGUCACGGAUAGUGAAGAUUGGGGACUUUGGACUUGCCAGGGACAUCUACAAAAAUGAUUACUAUAGAAAGAGAGGAGAAGGCCUGCUGCCUGUUCGGUGGAUGGCUCCAGAAAGUUUGAUGGAUGGAAUCUUCACUACUCAAUCUGAUGUAUGGUCUUUUGGAAUUUUGAUUUGGGAAAUUUUAACGCUUGGUCAUCAGCCUUAUCCAGCUCAUUCCAACCUUGAUGUUUUAAACUACGUGCAAACAGGAGGGAGACUGGAGCCACCAAGAAACUGUCCUGAUGAUCUAUGGAAUUUAAUGACCCAAUGCUGGGCUCAAGAACCUGACCAGAGGCCUACUUUCCAUGAAAUUCAAGACCAGCUCCAAUUAUUCAGAAAUUUCUCCUUAAAUAACAUUUCCCAAUUCCGUGAUGAAGCAAACACCAGUGGAGUCAUAAAUGAAGGCUUCGAAGAUGAAGAUGACAGUAUGAUUUGUUUGAAUUCAGAUGACAUUACACCAGUGGCUCUGAUGGAAACCAAGAACCAAGAAGGCUUAAACUAUAUGGUCCUAGCUACAGAAUGCAGCCAAAGUGAACAAAAUUCAGAGAGCUCUCUAGGCUCCAAGGCAUCUGAAUCUUGUGGUCUGAGGAAAGAAGAGAAGGAACCACAUGCAGACAAAGAUAACCGCCAAGAAAAACAAGUGGCUUACUGCCCUUCUGGCAAGCCAGAAGGCCUGAACUAUGCCUGUCUCACUCACAGUGGCUGUGGAGAUGGGUCUGAUUAAUGGCUCUAGUUGGGAAAUACAGAGUUGAGAUAAACACUACCAUUAACUAGAUAUUGAACAAAAACGCUAGUAGAAUGAUAGAUGUUGUGGUGGUCUAUGACUCCAAAUUAAUAUUGAAAAGUUCGAGAAUUCUAAUCUUGGUUCUGAGAGUCAUUUGGUUUCCUCAUGACAAUCCCCAAACCAACUGCCAAAUUUUCAAUAGAAUUCUGAGAUGAACCACUAAGCAUUUGGAAAGUUUAAGGAGACCCACAAGUCUGAAAGGGAAACACUGCGCUCCCUCUAGCUUGAGGUGCCUUAGCCCAUUGCCCAUCCUUCAGUCUGGGUGGCCACACAAACAUCAUGGUCAGGUGGUUAAAGAGAGAAACAAGUAUAUUCAGGGCUCUGAAAGAGGAGAUGAGAAGCAUGCUUACUGGGGGACAACUGAACUACAGAUCUUCCCGAAGAAAACAGGAAAUGACACACACACACACAAAAUCUCUAUACAUACAGAAGGAGCCAGCACCUAUGAUGCAGAAAUCAUUUGGAAAGCUAUUAUUACAAUAAAAUAUUGCCUUUAAUCGCUAAAUUACUCUAAAAUAUCUUGUAUUUUGGAGGCUUGAAACAGCACCUGUGAUCCUACUGAAAAUAAGACCAUGAUAAUCUCUAAGUCCUGAAGUUUAGCGUUCUAGGAUUUUUGGUUGUAUACAAAUCGCUCUGUGACUUGUGUGCUAUUAUGGAAAUUAACUUAAUAUGUACGAUUUUUUUUUUUGCCAUAUCUAUUUUGCAGAUAAAAUACUUAAAAUUGCCUUUAGCAUCAAAUUAUCCUUAAAAUUAAAUAUGUGUGAUUAUGCAAUAUUAAUAGCUGUGUGAUUUUUAGCAACCACACAAAAUAAUAAAUACCUAAAUGAGAAAUAUUUUUUACAGUUCUUCACAGAAACACUCUGACUUAAGACCAAUACAUUUUUUGCAGUUACCCAUUUAAACCUAAAAGCCUCAUCUGCUCUAACAGAAACACUAAUAAAAGUAUUCUGCGUGUUAUUCAGUUUCAGCAUACAGGAUGUUAGCUAGAUAUAGGGAAGAACAUUUUGAUUAAUAUAUUUGCUAAACACUGCUGUGGAAGAGGAUCAUGUGUCUGCUUCCACCGUAGAUAAUUUAGUUAAUCUUUUACUUGCCUACUGCCAGAGAAACUGCACAGGUGAUUGGCUGUCUGGGGAGGAACACUGGGAAGUCGACUGUCGUUCUGUGGUGAAUAGCCCCCAAGUAGAGGUCCCGGAUCACAGCCACUCUGACACAUCUGAUGUUCCGCCGAACAAGGCAGUAUAUUUUCUUCCUGACCUUCUGACCCUCUAAUGGGUAUUUAUUAUUAUUUUUCUAUAGCCCAGCUUAUGAAAGGUCUUCCUGUGCUUGGGAAUUCCUCCACCUUUACUGUCUGAGUGGGAGCCCAGCUUCCAUUGCUCCCCCAGGAUCUCUUGCAGCAACAGGGCAGGCACAGGACCUUCACCACUCAGUAACACCCACUCCAGGCUUUUAGUUGAGAGCUAGGGAUGCAAAGAACUGGGAACCACAGUGAGUCUUCCUUGGUGGUGGUGGAGACUGCAGUGGUCUGGCUGCUGGCCCACUGGAGGUAGUGGUGCUGGAGGUGGCAUCCAGCAUCCAGAGAUGGCAGAGUGGCUGUGGGAGUUGGGAGCCUUAUACCUGUGGCACCUGGGGGUAGUCAGACUGGGCCAGUUCUGCUGUCUGCUUCUAG